CGCCAUUGGUUCAGUGUACGCACUCGGAAGUAUCAGCAUCGUUGCCUCAUCCGUGAAGAAAGAUCACCACCAGCGCCACCGCCGCCACCACCGCCGCUGCCGCCGUGCACACCGUUAUCGCCCAUGUUCGCCUGCACUGUGAAGAGAGCAACAAUAGCCGGGGUCGCUUUGUGGACACGCUACAAAACGAAUACCACGAUGAUCGCUUGUGCAUGCCAGAUCAUCAAUUCACCGGGGAAGAUCCCUCCCACCAACGAUGUAUGUAUGGCCCAGGUGGGAAAAGAAGUGGAAUCUGAAGGUAUGUACAUUACAAGGUCACACAGAGCUUCGGUCAUUAUUCAUCAUUCGUACCCUACUCGCCAGCUGAGGGACGAAAGUGACACAUGCAAUACACACACCUACCUACACACACACACACAUACACACACACAUCUCCCGUGGGAACUUGUUGGUACUUGAUCUCUGCGCUGUCCUUACUUGCUACCUGCCGACCGAGGCAUGUUCACAUCCACCUGUACCACAUUGUAGCUGUCUCUGUCUCUCUUACACACAUCCAUCACCACCUCUUCCUCUCCUUCUCUCUCUCCCUCUCCCUCCUCUCCUCUCCUUCUUUCCU